CAGAAUUUAAAAAAUAGAACAUAUACUUUUAUAUUUAAAAAAAAUGUAAUUACGAAUUCGUUUCAUUCGUAAAACUCUAUGGAAGCUUUAAGUAUGGGAAAUGGAAUUUCGAAAAUGGCAUUAACGAGCACUAGAGGUCGCAUUGUCGUCGCUAGAAGGAUAGAUUUGUUAAGUGCGAGUGUUAGUUUUGUGUCUAUACACAAAUUUGUGUAUGAAAGAGUUGAAACAGAAAGAAACUUUCCACAUGUACUAUAUUUAUACAAACUAGCAAGCCUGGAAUCGAGUGCGGAGUCUGACGACGGUGGAAUACCUUCACCACCGCUUAAAAAGCAGCGCCUGAGUGUCAACAUGCCAUCGACCCAACAACAACUGCAACAAUGCACAAGUCAAGGUAUAGGCCUACAGCAGCCCGACAUAGCAAUAGAAAAUGGUGUUGCUAAUGGUGAUUCUCAGCAGUCCGACGUUAAACUGAAGUCGCAGAUGGAGCAAGAUAUUAUCAGGUUAAUUGGACAGUAUCUCAGAGGUCUUGGUCUCAAUCAAACAGCUGAACAAUUAAUGCAAGAAUCUGGCUGUCGACUUGAUCAUCCAGCAGCUGUUAAAUUUCAAGUGCACGUUCUUGAAGGUGAAUGGGAAAAGGCAGAAUUAGAUCUUCUUGAUCUAAAUCCCCUUUUGGAAUCAUCUAAAGCUUUAGUGGAAAUGAAAUUUUUAUUGCUGGAACAAAAAUAUUUAGAACAACUUGAAGAUGGCCAUAUCUUAGAAGCUCUUCAGUGUCUUCGCCACGAGUUAACCCCUUUAAAACAUAAUACUUCUCGUGUACAUGAACUUAGCAGUUUUAUGAUGUGUAGUACAAGUGAUGAAUUACAUAAAGUCUCAAAAUGGGAAGGAAAAGGAAAGACUUCAAGGGAGAAGCUGAUGGAAAAACUUCAAGCAUAUCUACCACCAACCAUCAUGCUUCCUCCCAGGCGAUUGCAAACAUUGUUAUGUCAAGCUGUUGAAUUACAAAGGGAUCGUUGUCCUUAUCAUAUAUCAAAACCAGGCAUUGGUAUUGAGAAUAUCUCUCUCCUCAUCGAUCAUGUAUGUAGCAGAGAACAGUUUCCUACUGAAACAUUACAGAUUUUAAAUGAUCAUUGUGAUGAGGUAUGGUUUUGUAAGUUUUCUAAUGAUGGCACAAAAUUAGCAACAGGAUCCAAAGAUAGUACAGUUAUAAUUUGGGAUGUAGAUCCAGAAACACUAGAAGUCCAUCAUAAAAGACUGUUUGAAGGCCAUUCAUAUGGAAUAUCAUAUCUUUGUUGGAGUCCAGAUGACACUUAUCUUAUUGCUUGUGGCUCUGAUGAUUGUUCAGAUUUAUGGGUUUGGAAUGUAGAAACAGGAGAUUUAAGAGUUAAAAUGUCGCAUUCUCCUGAAGAUAGCCUAACAUCUUGUGCUUGGCAUAAAGAUGGAAAAAAAUUUGUAACUGGGGGUACUAGAGGACAAUUUUAUCAAUGUGAUUUAGAUGGAAAUGUUUUAGAUUCGUGGGAAGGGGUACGUGUACAGUGUUUAAUUUGCAAAAAUGAUGGAAAAACUGUUUUAGCUGCAGAUAAACAUCAUAGAAUUAGAGGUUACAACUUUGAAGAACUUACUGACUUCAAUAUAAUUCAAGAAGAUCAUUCAAUAAUGUCUUUUACUUCAGAUAAAACUGGAAGAUUAGCAUUGGUUAAUGUGGCAACACAGGGUGUUCAUUUAUGGGAUUUAGAAGAUAGAGUAUUAAUACGAAAAUUUCAAGGUUUAACUCAAGGUCAUUUUACAAUUCAUUCAUGUUUCGGUGGGGAAAAUCAAGUGUUCAUUGCAAGUGGAAGUGAAGAUAACUGCGUGUAUAUUUGGCACAUAAGACAAGAGAUACCCAUAGCUGUGCUCUCCGGCCACAGUCGAAUCGUAAACUGUGUCAGCUGGAAUCCCGUCUAUUCUUCUAUGUUAGCGAGUGCCUCCGACGAUGGAACCGUUCGCAUAUGGGGCCCCGCAGAAAAGAAGAUCAAGAGAGAAUCUAAUCAUGUUAAUGGUGUUACCUCUUCAUACAAAACGUUAUAGUAUCAUCUGGUAUUUAAAAUUGCCAAUUUAAUUUAACCAGAUGUACUCUUCCAUUAUAUACUUUGUAGGGGGCCUUUUCCACAUGUGAUGUCUCUAAAAUCAACCAACAAAUUAAAUAAAUUUCAAUAUAUUGCUUAGUGUAAGGAAUGUUAUGCCUUGUUGCAUACUAAAUGUUCCUGUCAAAAAUAGAAAUAUUUUAUUUUAUGUACAUACCUACUGUUGUGAAGUGCUGCUGGAAUGGCUGCAAUAAUUUAUUUACUAUUUCCUUGCACCAUUUCAUUGUGCGUCAAAUAAUUAUAUCCUCCUGUAAAUUUCAUCACCAUAGCACAUUCCAACAAAAAAUAGAUUGCAUCCCUUUUUUCAAAAUUCACUUCUUAAAAAUUCAUUAUUAUAUAGGCUAUAUUGCAGUCAUCUUUUUAACAAUUAUCUUCUCAAAUCUCAAACUUUUAUAAAAUUAGAAAACUUUGAGUUAUUAAAUUUCUUUGAAGCUUUUUUGCAAGGAAUAGAUGUGCAUACUCAUUAUGAAAAAAAUUUUAAGCAAUUUGUAAUCUACCAAGAUGAUGAUAAUAAUAAUGUAAAUAUUAUCGUUAUUGUUUCUAUAAAUACUAAAUAGUUUGUGACAUUUGACAAUAAAAUUGUCUCUAUUUUUUUACAUUGUUGCCAAUUUGAUUUUACUCUUUCAAUGUAAAUGCGUCACAUACAAAAGAAAAUUGAUAAUUCGUUUUUGAGAUUAGAAUUACUAAAACAAAAUGUGAUAAAAAAUUAUCCUUAGUAAUAAAAACAAGGAUGUAAAGAUUAAUUUUAUAAUUUUGAUUCAUGUGUAAAUAUUAACUGGGAAAAAAAAAACAUUAUACAUUGCAGCAGUACUUCAUUUGUAGGAAUUUUAUUUGUUCUGUUUUUAUGUUUGGUUGUGUAGUGUACCAUGUUUCCAUGGGUUUUCAGAUAUGAAUGUCCUCAAGUUUGUAUGUAUGUAUGACUGAUUUGUUUUUAAAAACUUCAAUUUAAAAAAUUUUAUCAUGAAGGGGAAAAAUGUGCAACAGUUUUGUGUUUUGUGAUAUAUAUAUAUUUUUUUCCCUCCUCCAGUUAAUGUAAUAAAUUAAAAGUAUAUACUAAAGUUAAUACUCAGGAAUUUUAAAAAACAGAACAAAAUGCUCAUUAAGUUUGAGUAAGUGGAAUUCCUAUUAUUUAAAACCCAUAAAAAUUGUAGCUCUUGAACCUGAACCUUGUUUAUCAUAAUCCAUAGACAAGCGUGGUAUGCCACAAUAAAAUAUCCUUAGAUUUUGUUGAAUUAAUUGCAAUAAUCCGAAAGAGAGCAUAUUGUAACUGUUCUUUGAAAAUUAUGUUGGAAUUUUCUUCGAAACCUACUCAAAAGUUUAGUUUGUCAUAUUUUAAACAAGCAUUUUUGAUGUUUUUAAACAUAAGCAAAUCCUAAAAGUUUAAAAAUAUAUAUAAAAACUAUCAUCAUAUAUAAAUGUCUGUACAAAUGCUUAAAAUUAUGCAAAUCAUUAUCAAAUGCAGCAAAGUUUCCAAAGUUGAAAGAUUAUUUUUCAUCUUUUUUUAUUUAUUGAGUUAAGAAAAUUCCAAAUAGUUUUAUAAUGAGUAGUGCCAUAAACAAGACAAUUUUCUUACUGUUUUUAUACAUAAAACCAGUCACGUUGCACAAGUUUAACGACUUUCAAAAUAGAUUGUAAUAAUAAUAUAUCAGCCCACAUAUUUAUCAUUAAUCAUAUAGUUCAUAUUUUAAAGCUGUGUUUGUUCCACUUUAAUUGUAUAUUUUUAAUGCCGUUCGUCCGUGGUUAUUUUUAACAUUUCGUCUAACAAAACUGUUGUUUUCUGGUAGUUUUUUUUAAAAUUUACAUUCCCCUCAAGACGGAAAUAAAAAUGCAAAUGUUUAUUCUUUAAUAAUUGAAAGAUACUGUUUUAACAUAAUGGUGAUAAAUGUGCAAAAUAUUUUGAUGUUAGAGGUGCUUAAACUUGUACGUAUGCAGAUUCGAGUGCAUGCCCGUAUGCAUUGUGUAUAGUGAAAGUUUUCCCGUUCCAUAUAUAAAUAUAUACACUCUCUAAUAGAAAUGUUUGCCAAUUUCAACACUUAAACUACAUUGUAAUGAAGGCAUCUGCAUACUAAAUUACAAUGUUAUUUUGUAAAAAAAGAAAAGAAAAAAGAAAAAAAAAUGUCUUUCACUGAAUGGAAAUUAUUAAAAUAAAAGAUU